AUGCUCCUAGUUUCGCUGCCCCUCGAUGCUGUCGCCCAAAGUGCAACAAACCAGUGCAACAUAAACUCGUGCACACUCAGCAACAUCUCCCCCACCCGGCCGUCCCUCGCGGCAUCGUCCCCCUACUCCGGCUCCAAUGCUGCGAGCGGGUCCGCCUUCACGCUCACGGCCAUCAAGGACGGCCUCGGCGUUGUCGGCGCCGCCGGCGACCUGAUCCCCCUUGUGAGCACUCUGGCGAACGUUGGGGUGGCCAUCAUCAACGGAUAUCAGGACUACCAGAGUGCGACCGCACCCGGAGCCCCCAGCGUCGCUGACGUGGUGGGCCAGCAGAUUCAGCAGCAGUCCCAGUGGCUGCGCUUUCAGCUGCAGCAGGACAUGGCCCAGAGCAACGACUUCCUCGUGUGCCAGACGCUCACCCAGUUCAACCAGGGGCUCGGCAACAUCCAACAAAACAUUAUGGGGUCCUGCCACGCCUGGAACUGCGCCAACUACACCAACAUCGCGCCCAGCGUGCGCCAGACCAUGGGCUGCGCGACGGGCCGCACGCCCCAGCUUGUCAACAACAAGAACCCGUGCGCCGGCGUGACCUGGACAGCCGCAAAGCCCACCGCCUGCACGUUCAUCGGCUCCGACGCCGGAGGCAACGCGAUUGUCGUGCCGGGGGUGUGCGACACGGGCGCCGGGGCCCAGGCGCUGUGCUACUCCACACGGACGCUCGACACCAACGCCCAGGAGAUCAAGGCCAACAUCAUCCCCUUGUUCAACAAAGACGCCAUCAACCUGGGAAACACGCUGAGUACUUUCAGCUCCGCAGACGCCGCAAUCGCCCUGUCCAAGAUGGGCAUUCUUUACGCGUCAAUGAUGAACGAGCUCAUUCUACUGGGCAGCAAUGGGGGCGAAUGGGGCAAACUCCAGUCCCUUGCAUCAACGCUAGGCGCUCGGCUCACGAAGAUCUACAACGACCUGAUUGGCAACACCAACACUGUGGUCGAUGCGUUGUCGUAUGCUGCGAUCGCCGCCGACGACGCGGGCUUGCCCAUGAGUUAUGAGGUCAAGGGCAAAACCUCGCAGCUCCUGGUGCCCCCGAGCCUUGGCGACUGCUCGAAGCCCGCGGCCCAAGCGUAUUGCGCCUCAAGCGACGCCUCAAUCUCUUGGGCGUACCCCAUCAAGCAGAGCGUGACCUAUGGAGGGGCUUCGCUCUCCGUUGACACAGGCACCAUCUCUGUGGGGAUGGCAUGCAACGCCCCCGCGACACCCGCCUUUGGACGUGGAACAAACAACCCUGCAGGCUCGACGUCUGGCACCUCCAUCUCCACAUAUGCCCUCAACUGCUCGACGCCCGCGUACGCCCCGGUGACCUUCCCUUGCACCCCUUCUGCCAACACCGCCGACAACCUGUGUGCUGGCAGCACCGACUUCAAGACCAGCCCGUGCGUCGCUGACUGGCGAUUCUACGUCUACACCGCCGCCGCUGCCGCCGCCAGGGCGAUGAACGUCCCGGGCCCCUACCCCUCCGCCGGCCUCGGCAAGCCGGGCUGGGCGAGCUGGGCGUUCAAGAUCCUCAAGCAGCGCGCCGCCGCCAACCUGGCGGCGAACCUCACCCAGACCCUCGCGGACGUGAAGAAGGCCGCUGACGCAUUCAACGCGAUCGCCUCGAUGGACCAGCCCCCGACCAUGUCCAAUGCGUACGUUGCCAAACUGAGGUUCUUCCCCCUGUCUCGCUGCGGCUUGGACGGCACGAAUUUCAACAUGACCAGCGGCUUCAAACCAGCGACCCCGACCACCAGCGCCAUGAUGACCGGCCGGCGCCUGCUGGCCGACCCAAAGGUGACGGCGCCGGCCGCUGCCCCGUACCAGUGCGUUGCUGGCACCGGCAAGAAACACGGCCGCACCGUGAAGAUGUACAACUCAACGGCGGCUCUGGACACCAAGUGGUGA